AUGAGCGCUAUUUAUAGUCUUCUAUUCGACUCGUCAUCGACGUUGGGCGUAAUAAUCGUUAGUGUUGUUCCAUGGUUUGUAGUAUUACUUUACUAUCUUUACUACCGGAUAAAGCGAAUUGGUGAAGUACCACCGGAGGUAGUGGCGCCGUUGGCGCACUUUUUAGAAGUAUUAACUGAUGGCGCCACCGCUGGCUAUGAUAAGGAGCUCAUGAAUUUGUUUCAUCCGGAGUUGCUGACGGUUAGGGUGGAACGCGGUGUUGUGCGAGCAAUGGUUCGAUGGGUUUGCGAUCGGCUGGGAAAGGUGACGAACAUCAUGCGCGAUGCCGUUCUUGUUAAGGAUGACGGUGACGAGGCGCACAUCAUCGCACUGGUGGAUUUCGAGAAGGUACAGCAGGUGAAGUGUCGCAUGUCAUGGAAGUGGAGACAUACCACUGGAGCCGCCCCUCGGAAUCAAAGUAGCGCGAAGACUGAGGUUAGCAAGCGCUUUUUUGUCACAGCGUUCCGUUUUGAACCACACACGGAAGUGAAGUCCGAUGUAUUACAGUUCUUGAAAACUGAUGACUUCAUACCGUUCGCUGAGAAAUUUGUGGAAAGGCUCUUCGAACGGCCCCCAAAGACCGCUGUUGAGAUGAUGGUGCCUUCUCUCAAAGAUAAAUACAUCUCUAAUCUCGACAAACUUCAAGGUGAUGUUCGAGGUGUAUGUGGGCCCCUCCUUGGUGGUUCCGUGGAUGUGAACUGCUCACUAAUUGAUGCAACGGUGCUGCGCGGGCCGCUAUCGACUGCGAAAGAGGAGGGACAGACGGAAGAGGGUGUGAGAGGAAUCGAGAUGAGUUUCUUUGUUAGUGGUGUGGGUUGUCGAAAUGUGAAUGUGAAUUUGUUGCUCGUAUUUGCGGAUCUGCGGUGUUACGUGGGCCGUUACGAGGUACGGGUCGUGCCUGAUACGCGAACGCAAGUAAUCGUCGACCGUGACACAGGCGAGAAAACGUUUAUUGGAUGA